GUUUUCUGAGUCUCGCGGAUCCUGCGCUACAAGUACCCGGCAAUGCAGCGCUCAAAGAUCAAAUACUCGCGCUCAGAUGGGUGAAACAAUAUAUCAGUCACUUCAAUGGCGAUCCCAACAAUAUAACAGUGUUUGGAGAAAGCGCCGGCGCUGCUAGCGUUCAUGCGCUAAUGCUUAGCGAACAGACAAGCGAUCUUUUUCAACGCGCCGUCCUUAUGUCCGGCACUGCGCUAAGCUAUUGGGUCAACAUGCCGCAGACUGAUAUGGCCUAUAGAUUAGCAAAAUUUAAUGGUUAUAGCGGUGAGAAUAUAGACGCAGAAGUAUUAUGCUUUCUACAACAAUUAGAACCUGCCAAACUGGUACAACAUUCGCUGCUCAAUGAGGAGGAACGCAGAAAGUUGUACAUAUUUCCUUUCGGACCAAUUGUGGAGCCAUAUGUUAGCGCGGAUUGUGUUUUGCCAAAGCGACCAUUUCAGCUGUUAACAAACGCCUGGAGUAAUCGCAUACCAUUGAUUAUUGGCGGUAACUCCUUUGAGGGUCUCUUUAUGUAUCAACGUCUGAAGAUGUUUCCACAAAUAAUGCGCACGCUUUUGAAUGAUCCAGAGCGGAUUUUACCAGAGGACGCAAAAGAAGCUUAUACGCCUGAGCAGCGGCGGGAAAUGGGUACAAAUAUGCUGAAAUUAUUUUUUGGUGCGAAGGAGCCAAGCGAUCGUUCGGUGUUCAAAUUUCUAGAUAUUUAUGGCUACAAGCAAUUUUGGCAUGACAUCCAUCGCACUAUUUUGGCACGUUUGUCCUAUGCCUCUGCUCCAACUUACCUAUAUCGUUUCGAUUUCGAUUCACCAGAUUUUAAUUUGUAUCGCGCAAAGUUUUGUGGCCACGAUCCAGUGCAUGGCUGCGCGCAUGCCGAUGACCUAUCAUACAUGUUUUUCUCAAAUGACUCGUGGAAAGUUAGCUUGGACUCGGCGGAAUAUAAAACCAUAAGGCGGUUAAUUGGCAUUUUAGUUGCCUUUGCCAAGAACUCCGAUCCCAAUUGUGAUGAAAUUAAACCAAUUGUAUGGCAUGCGCUUGAGAAGUCUAACCCGAGCUUGGCUUUGAAUAUCAGCAAUGAUUUGAGUAUAAUGGAAUUGCCAGAGAGUGUGAAACUGAAAGCAUUUGAUAAAUUAUUUGCAUCAACGGAGCAAUUGUAUUGAUAAGUUGUUUUACUUGUUACAUUCCUUAACCUACAUAAAU